CCAUUACUGUUCACUAGGGGUCCGGGACGCGCGCAUGCGUACUUUACCCGCAAGGCGAAUAUAUACCGACCCGAACUCUGCGCGCCGGCUGUCGGAAAUAGUCCUUCGAGCAAUUUUUAACUAACCAUAAAUUAAAAUCUGUUUAUUCUUAAAAAGUUACGAGUGUAAAAUGCCCGGGAAAACUAAUGGACCUGCGGAGCCGGGCGAGACCAUAGAGCUAUUGGACAAAAAGCGCACAGACGGGAUGGCAAACAUUGGCGUGUCCCAUGAUGUGCUGGUGGAGUCCCGUAACACCGGGCGCAAGCUGCCGCAGUACAUUGCUGCGCUAGCAGCGACCCUGGGCGCGCUCGCGGCCGGUACCAUGCUGGGUUGGUCGUCGCCCGUCGUCUUCAAGAUCAAACAGGGGAACAACACCGACUACGACUUCUCAGUCUCCGAGUCUCAGGGCGACUGGGUCUCCUCCAUGGUCAACCUCGGCGCCGCGGCGGUUUGCUUCCCCAUAGGCAUCAUAAUGGACUCUAUAGGCCGGAAGAAAACCAUGUUGUGCCUAGUAAUACCCUUCACUAUCGGAUGGCUGCUGAUCAUCUUUGCUUCGAACAUAGGUAUGCUGAUGGCAGGUAGGUUCGUCACCGGCAUAGCCGGAGGAGCCUUCUGUGUCACCGCGCCGGCGUACACUAGCGAAAUCGCACAGGACUCCAUCAGAGGAACGCUCGGAAGCUUCUUCCAACUGAUGAUAACUGUCGGUAUCCUAUUCGCCUACGCCGUGGGAAGCUACGUCUCCGUUUUAGUGUUCAACGUUCUCUGCGGCUUAAUCCCCAUCAUCUUCGGCGUGGUAUUUUUCUUCAUGCCAGAGAGCCCAAACUUCUUAGUCGUGAAGAAUCGCCCCGACGAAGCGCGCGACGCCCUAAUCCGACUCCGCGGCAGGAACUACGACGUCGACACGGAGCUGAAUAACAUGCGAGCGAAGGCCGAAGAGUCGAGAAACAACCCAGUGUCUUUUACCAACGCUAUAACUAAGAAGACUGCGUUGAAGGCUCUAUUGAUCUGCUACUCGCUAAUGUUACUCCAGCAACUGUCCGGAAUCAACGCGGUGGUUUUCAACACAUCGGACAUCUUCGCGGCGGCCAGCGCGUCCAUCCCGGCAGCCAUCGCCACCAUCAUCAUCGGCAUCAUCCAGGUGGUCGCCACCCUCACGUCCAGUCUCGUGGUCGACAAACUCGGCCGACGAAUCCUUCUGCUCCUGUCCGCUCUGGUCAUGUGCGUGUGCUCGACCGCUCUGGGCGUAUUCUUCUUCUUGCAAACGAUUCACGGCGUCGAUGCGCCGAUGGUGCAGCAGAUCUCGUGGCUGCCUCUGCUGGCGCUGUCCCUUUUCAUUAUAGCGUUCUCGCUCGGAUUCGGACCUAUUCCUUGGAUGAUGGCUGGCGAGCUGUGCACCAUCGAUAUCAAGGCGUUCGUCGGCUCGACCGCGGGUACGCUCAACUGGCUGCUCGCUUUCACCGUGACCAGCACCUUUAAUUCCCUGAACGCUUCCAUCGGCCGAGGACAGGUGUUCUGGCUGUUUGCGGGCAUCAUGCUGCUCGGAUUUGUAUUCAUCUUCUUCAUAGUGCCAGAGACCAAGGGCCGUAGUGAGGACGAGAUCCAGGUGCUGCUCGGCGCGGAGCCGCGGCAACGCGUCGACGAGAAGAAAUAAAUAGACUGUGUUUACUAUUUUGUACUGACUUGAGGCGUUUCGCCGUCGAAGACCACUCUUAGUCUGAAUCAAUUUCUAACCUCGAAAUGCUUUUGGAUAUAUUGAACUAUUCUUAUUAAAAAAUCAAUCCCAGAUGACCAUGCUAUGUUAAAUAUUUUGUCUCUAAGUGUAAUGGGAAAUAGUAUAUUUAGCUUAAGAAAAUACAUUUUGAGGUUACGAUUUUAUCAGACGUGGGUGGAUCUUAGCUUCUUUGGCCAAGAAUGUUUUGAGUGACGUUUAUUUAUUGUGUGCGAGUACCAAAGACUUGUCCCCUGGGCCCCUGCGCCACGGCCGCUUAAUUAAGUCCGAUGUUGAAUUUAUUUAGUUUUAAUAUACAUAUUUAUUAUUGAAAUAUAUAUUGUAUGUUGUUUGAAUGUUUGGCAGCUUGCUGGUUGAGUCAGAUGCGUGUUGUGUACAUGAAAUUCGUUUGUAAAGUUCAUCUUUUUCUGGUUUUAUUUGGUUGUUACUAGCU